ACAUCCAGCGUUGCAUUUUUCGUGUCGUGCUGGAAAAGGCUUCCGGGGGAGCGUACUCACCUUGUAUGACAACAGUUAUUGAGCUGGACAGUGUCCUGAGUCGGGUACAGAAGGGAAAUGGAAAACGGUUUGUCCAAAACGGGUGACACCGAGCUGGACCAGGCUAUCAGGCUGUGGCUGCAGUAUGACAAGAAUCCCAAGACAUUGUCAAUGGUGCAGGACCUGGUGAAAGAAGGAGCGGUGGAGGCUUUGAAGAAAUGUUUCUCCUCCAGGAUGGAGUUUGGUACAGCAGGUCUGAGAGCAGCCAUGGGCCCCGGCAUAUCCUGUAUGAAUGACCUUACUAUCAUCCAGACCACACAGGGUUUCUGUCGCUAUCUGGAGGAGAGUUUUGGGAACCUGAAGGAGCGAGGGGUUGUGAUUGGUUACGAUGCCCGGGCCCACCCUCCCAGCGGGGGCGGCAGCAAGCGCUUUGCCAGCCUGGCUACAGCUGUUUUCAUAAGCCAAGGGGUGCCUGUCCACCUCUUCUCUGACAUCACCCCGACACCCUUCGUGCCUUUCACCGUUUCCCACCUGGGUCUGUGUGCUGGUAUAAUGGUGACUGCCUCCCACAACCCCAAACAGGACAAUGGCUACAAGGUGUACUGGGAGAACGGAGCCCAGAUUGUGUCUCCUCAUGACAAAGGUAUUGCCAAAGCCAUAGAGGAGAACCUGGAGCCCUGGCCUGAGUCCUGGAAUGCAGAGGAGGCCCUGAAGAGCCCCCUGGUCAAAGAUCCCUACCAGGACACCCACACACAAUACUUCAAAGCCAUCCAGAAACACUGUCAUCACAGGGACAUUAACAAGAGUUCAGAGGUGAAAAUCGUGCAUACAUCUGUGCACGGCGUGGGCCAUACAUUUGUCCAGUCAGCUUUCAAGGCCUUUGACCUGCACCCUCCGUAUGCUGUAGAGGAACAGAAAGAUCCAGACCCCGAGUUCCCCACCGUCAAAUAUCCCAAUCCUGAGGAGGGAGAGGGUGUCCUGACUCUGUCGUUUGCACUGGCAGAGAGGGAGGGGGCCACUGUUGUGUUGGCGAAUGACCCUGAUGCUGACCGACUGGCUGCUGCUGAGAAGCAGGAGAGUGGUCAGUGGCGAGUGUUCAGUGGUAAUGAGUUGGGAGCGUUGCUUGGCUGGUGGAUGUUCCGCUGCUGGAAACAGCAAAACUCUGACGCUGCAGCUGUGAAAGGCCUCUACAUGCUGUCGAGCACCGUCUCAUCCAAGAUACUGCGCGCCAUCGCGCUCAAGGAAGGUUUCCACUUUGAGGAAAUGCUAACAGGGUUCAAGUGGAUGGGAAACAGAGCCAGAGACCUUUUGGACCAGGGCAAGACUGUUCUGUUUGCGUUUGAGGAGGCCAUUGGGUAUAUGUGUAGUCCCUCCGUGUUGGACAAAGAUGGAGUGAGUGCUGCAGCCAUAGCAGGAGAGAUGAUUUCCUAUCUGGACAUGAAAAAAACGAGCCUUUCUCAACAGCUCACUGCCAUCUAUGAGGAAUAUGGCUACCACAUCAGUAAGAACUCCUAUUUCAUCUGCUAUGACCAGAAUGUGAUCCGCAGCUUGUUCGAGCGCCUGCGCAACUACGGUGGCCAGAAGGACUCAUACCCCACUGAAUGUGGUCGCUUCUCCAUCUCUGCUGUACGAGACUUGACCACCGGCUACGACAGCAACCAGCCCAACAACAAAGCCGUUCUCCCCACUUCCAGUUCCAGUCAGAUGAUCACUUUCACCUUCUCCAACGGGGGUGUGGCCACCAUGAGGACCAGUGGCACUGAACCAAAAAUCAAAUACUACACUGAACUCUGUGCUGCUCCUGGUAACAGUGAUGUGACGAAGCUGAAGAAGGAACUGGAUGACUUGGUUGAUGCCAUUGUUGAAAACUUCUUCGAGCCAGAGAAGAAUAAGUUGCAGCCGAAGGCGGAGUAGCUCUGAUAAGACAUACAAGACGUACAAUCACAUACAGGACCAACUGUGACUAAUAUUUCUGACCAGCAUUUGACGUAGUGUUUAAAUUACCCCAGCAGGAACUCUUGACUUAAUAUAUGAGUCUAUCAUGUCAACUUUACCACCUUGUUUUUUGCCUUUAUUUUAAUAAUCUGCAGAGUUAAUGUACAUCAAACCCCUUUGACUGUAUCACAGAUACAUGUUUUGGAUUCAGUUUACCUCAGUGCUCAGAUUAUUAACCACAACUGUAAAACCAUCCUGCAACCAGAGUCUUUCCUGCCUGACUACUGUUUACAUUGCUGUAUAUUCACUUGUAACAAUUAUGCAUUCCACACUGCUUCAGCAUCAACUGCAAGGCUGCUACCAAGAAGAGUUACACAGGAAUGUUAUUGAGAACUGCUGAAACUGAUGCUGUAAACUGCUGUCAAACUUUGAAUGUGUGGUAUCUUAGUUAAAAUUGAGGUAUAAUAUUGAAAGUGACAGUUGAAUAUGUUCAACAGUUUCUGAUGUGAGCAGCCUGUCAUUGCAGGGUUGCUAGAUUGUGAAAUUGUCAAGCCUAAAAGCUUAGAGCGCCACCACGUGGACAUGUUCUUUUUUCAAACGCACGAACUGCUUAUUACUCGAUUUGAAUAGUUGCCACCAAUCAAAGGGACUCUCGACACCACAAUACAACCCAUACAUUUUCACUUCCCUGUAUUUAAGUGAUCUCUACUGUCCACUGAAGAAAUGUGUAAUUAGCAGCUCACCUUUCCUAUGUGCCUCGCAUCCCAAAAUACUGUGCUGCAAAUACAAUGUCGCUCAAUAAAAAACGGUUUCUAACAGUG